UGGCCCUGGAUCGCCCUCCCAGGAGCUUGGUCAUCCCUUUCCUUCUCCAGGUUCUCAACCCUUGCGUCGAAUGGUCUGCAGCAGCUCCCUCAGCUCUCUGGAUGUGGCCAGCCAGCCUCCCGCUCAUGUGGACUCCAGCAGCCCGGGGGGGCGGGGAGCAGAGAGACUGGGGUGCACCUUUGCCUUUAAAGCCAGCAGGCAGUAUGCCGCCCUGGCCGACGUCCCUAAGGCCAUCAGGAUCAGCCACCGAGAAGCCUUCCAGGUGGAGAGAAGGCGGUUGGAGCGUAGGACUCGGGCCCGGAGCCCUGGCAGGGAAGAGGUGGCCCGUCUGUUUGGCUACGAGCGGAGGUCUUGCCCCUCUCCACCUUCUCCUGCUGUGUCGCUGUGUGACGUUACUCGCCCUUCCUCCGCUGCUUCGCUCCCAUCUCAGCUCCGUCUCCAGCCAUAGAUGGCCUGAUGAUGCCGCCGGCCUUUCACAUGAAAUCAACUUGCUUUGUUUUGUUUUAAUUUGUUUUUUGAUUCUUUUUACUGUUGGCAGAACAAUGUUAAUUCAUGGGCCUUUUUCUUGCUCAAUUUUGGACUUUUGGGGUGGAGGCUACAUUAUGAUCUGCUAGGCACUCAGUGAGGAUGGGCGUCCGUCCCCUCCACGUGGUGAUGCCUUCUGAUCAUGUCUGCUCAGGAGAGGACGCUGCUGACGGGCUGUGUGGUUGCCGAGUGUGUCAUCACAACAGAUCAUUAGGGACCUCCAAUGUUGGCGGUGUGGGGGUGGGGGAAGCGAGCUGCUGCCCGACCCUGCACAGCUCCACCCUUUGCAGUGGGGAGAGGGAGCUCAGGGGGGGUGUCAGAGCCAGGUGUACUGUGCACAGCCUACACCUUGCAGAAGGGGAGGCCCAGGGAAGGCUGGGGUGGGCCAAUGUGAGGGGUGCCUGAAGGAGCCUCUCUGCAACUUGAAAACAAGCCCACCUUGUUCUGGGGUGACCCUGUCUCCCCCCAGCAGCCUCCUGUCCU